GAAGAAGCCCAGUAGCUGAUCUCCUCUCUCUCAGCUUUGCUUGCUUAAUAAACAAAAGCAAAGAGAGGCAAGUUAGGCCAACAAGAGUUUGCUAUUCCCUCAUCAAACUUUGUCAUUCACUUGGAACCAAAGCAAAGCCUCCUCUUCUUUAGUUGCUGAUUUUUGGUCACCAUCUCAGACCCAACUCUUCACCUUCCUGACAUAAUCUUCACACCUUAUUUUCCCCAAUCCCCUUUUAUACACUUCAGUUUCUUUGAUUUUUGUUCAUACCCAACUCACAGUUUGGCCUCUUGUGCAUGUUUUUGGUCCCAGAAUUGAGGCCUUGGAAGUUUCUGGCUUUCUGUGGUUUUGGCAUCUUUGGUUAUAAGUUUGUUGGUUUUCUGUUGGAAUCCAAUAAAAGAUACUCAAUUUGAGGAAAACCUAGAAAAGGGUUAUGCUUGGAGGGAGUUUUAGAGUGUGAAGGUGGAAGCUUUAUUGGAGAAUUGAGGGUUUUGGGUGUGUUGCAGUUGAUUACAAGCUUAAAGAUUGAGCUUUGAGUCAUUGGAGAUGCAAGGUUUCUAGAUUGUGCUUGUGGCUACUCAGUCCAAAUGAGCAUAUAUAGUUGGCAGUAGACUGUAGAUUCUAUGUGCAACUCUGGCAGUGCUGUUUCGAAUUCAUCGAGUUCUGCAGGCGAGAAUCAAAUGGCUGUGAAUGGGAGGAGCAGGUCUUCUAGACCUCUUCCUUCUACAUUCUUGAUGAGAAUGGCUAUGAGGAUAUCUAGAGCAAGGUGGUUCACCUUCUUGAGAAGAGUGUUCCAUUACCAAAAUGGGUCAAGGUCUGAUCUUGGAUCCAACCCUUUUAACUCCACCACUUGGAUGACGCUGGAGUUCAUAGCUUUGGUUGUUCAGAUAAGCAUCACGACAAUUACUCUGGCUGUUUCGGAGAGGGAGAAGCCGGUUUGGCCUAUGAGGAUUUGGAUUGUUGGGUAUGAUAUAGGCUGUAUUCUCAAUUUGCUGCUACUGUUUGGUCGUUACAGACUACUGUAUCUAACUCAAGGAGAUGGUUUCAACAUUUCGGAUUUAGAACAACAAAGAGGCGUUGAAGAAUCCAGGACAACACAUUUGAUGACCAAGUGUAGAACCUCACUUGAGCUGUUCUUUGCAAUAUGGUUUGUGAUGGGUAAUGUUUGGGUGUUUGAUUCUCGGUUUAAUUCAUUCCCUGGUGCCCCGAAACUCCAUGUGCUCUGCAUUGUUCUGCUUGCUUGGAAUGCAAUCAGCUACUCGUUUCCAUUCCUACUGUUUGUGUUACUGUGUUGCUGUGUUCCCCUAAUUAGCAGCAUGCUCGGAUACAACAUGAACAUGGGCUCCAUUGAUAAAGCAGCAUCCGAUGACCAAAUUUCUCAGCUCCCCAGCUGGAGAUAUAAGGAAGUUAACACCACAGUAGAUUUCAGAAGUGAUGGCAAUUCAGACCUUGUAAAUGAAGAUCCAGACUGCUGCAUUUGCCUGGCCAAGUAUAGGGACAAAGAAGAAGUGAGGCAGUUGCCAUGUUCGCAUAUGUUUCACCUCAAGUGUGUCGAUCAGUGGCUUCGGAUCAUAUCUUGCUGCCCUCUUUGUAAGCAAGAACUGCAGAGAUAACAAUUUGACCUGAUCUUUGUACUUCAUUUUCAGCUAUUUUUGCUGUGAUUUUUGUGGGUUACUUGAGUGAGUUAAUUUGCUUGUACAGUGGAGCUCACCAGUAACCAAACUAUACCAAUUAAGUUUAUAAUCUUGAAUAUAUACACAGAAAAAAGAAAUGAUGUAUGUUGGUAUAUCCUUGUAUCUUCUCUCCAACUUGUACCAAAUCACAGUUUUUAGAUAGCACUGAAUACAUGUAUAGAUGUAAAUGUACCCAGUAUGCUAUUGCAUCACUUAUUUCUAUUCGAUCUAUCU